AUGAAUAUGAUCAUAAUGGCGCUUUACAGUCCGUGUGGACGACGGAUGUCCUCGCCUUUACCGUGGGUCGGUCUGAAACGGCAUAUCCCGAGCAGCACUUCACCAGCGUUAAUUACAAGAUUGCAAUACAGCAAUUCAGUAUGACCGCAUUAAAGCUGAAUUUAAUACUAAUGAAUGAUUUUCGAUGUUUCCCGACCGUCUGUAAUAUUUAAUAAUUAUGAGGACGCGUGUUGUUUCUCGCGUUGCUGAACUAAUUGCUCUAUAUUGCGUGGACCGUUCAAGUGAAAAUAAGAAGAGCAAAUAUUUGAUGAGGAUAAUGGGAUUAAAGGAAGAGUGGACGCAUGUGUUGGCUCUUUAAGAGCAGAGGGAGGGGUUCGCUUCAUGGGUUGGCUGCGGUGUUUUUGUCUCUGUCAGUGAGACUGCUGGCCUUAUCGACUGAGGGGACUGGAAGGGGGAUUUUGGUGGCACUCAUAAGAGAGUCGAAGGAAUCGAAAGAGGAGAGCGAGGAGGUUGGGGAAGAGAGACCAUCAUUUCAGCACAGAGAGAUUGGCUGGUGAAUGACUAUCAUGGCUCAGGUGCUUCAUAUGGACUCCAGUUUUCCAGGGAAGAUUAACCCCCCAGAGCCCCCCUCCUUGCAUCGAAAGGACCCAGAGGCUCCAUACUCAGUAGAGACCCCCUAUGGCUACCGUCUGGACCUGGACUUCCUCAAGUAUGUCAAUGAUAUUGAAAAGGGCAACACUAUUAAGAAGGUGCCAGUGCAGCGGCGCCCACGUUAUGGCUCGCUUCCACGUGGCUAUGGCUACACGGGCUCCUGGUGGACCUCCACUGAGUCGCUGUGCUCCAACGCCAGCAUAGACAGCCGUCACUCAUCGUACUCCUACUGUGCGCCGGGAUUUCACAGCUCACAGCGACCCAGCUUCAGUACGGCACGUGUGGAGAAGACCUUGCUGGAUGCUCGCCGCAAGCUGGAGGAGGAGAAGGAUGGCCGUCGUUUCUCAAACCUGGGUAGCAUGCACAGUAGCGUGGCGGGCUCCAACACCUCCCUGUCCAGUGCCCACAGCUUCAAUCGUGCCCAGGGUGGUGGCUCCUACACGACAGUGAGCUCCGGCUUGUCCACACCUGUCUCACCGACGCCCGCCCAUCUGCAGCACGUACGGGAGCAAAUGGCCGUUGCCCUGCGGAAGAUCCGGGAUCUGGAGGAGCAGGUGAAGACCAUCCCGGUGCUGCAAGUGAAGAUCUCCGUGCUUCAGGAGGAGAAGAGGCAGCUUAGCGUGCAACUCAAGAGCCAGAAGUUCCUGGGCCACACACUGGGGUUCAGUCGGAGCCGUCCACGAGGAGAGCUCUAUAUCGACAUACCCGAAGAGGAGACGGGAAACAGGACAGGUGCCGCGAAUAGAGCCGCAGGAAGUCUUUCACCUACCACUCCGGGUUCCCUUCAGGACUCAGGAUGUGAAAUCGAGGAGACUGUAAUUGUCAGUGGAGCUCGUCCAGGUGCAAAGCGGGAGGUGCGAACUGUCGGUGUAGGGCCUGAGGUGGAAGAAAGGGCUUGCCGUCAAGUCGGAGUAGGGGUGCGAGAAGAGGACUUGGGGCUGCUGCCUGAAACCGAAGCCCUCAAGACUAAGGUGGGGCUUUUAGAAGUUCAGCUGAGGAAAAUGAUGCAGGAGCUACAGAGCGCUCAGCAGCAAGUCGAAGCAGCUCAGAGAGAGAGGCAAGCUCUUUCCCCUCAGGUAGACCAUGCGGUGAGAGCCACCAGUCUCGGCUGGAAGGAGCAGCAGGGUCAGGCUGGUGUGGGCCUGCACACAGUUGUCAGUUUUGCUCAGCAGCCUCAUCAGCAGAGGACCGUGGGGAUCCAAGUGUACACACUGGAGCAGACCACUGUGGUGGGUGUGGGGACACUGCUAAGAGCCCAGGGUUGCACUUCUCCCAAUCAGCCUGUGUCUGCACAGGAAGGACCCCACAGAAUACAUGCAGAGUCCCCAGCUGCAGAGGAAUCGCCGCUUGAGUUUCCCAUUGCAAUAAGCUCUAAGCAGGUGCGGGAGGUCUUGAAAAGUGAAGUGUCCAAAUCAGUGCCUGUGAUCAACCAGGCAACUGCUAUGGAGACAAAAUGCAGCCAAGUGGCUGCCGUCUGCCAACGGUUAAAAGAGGGUGAGAUUAACCAGAAACAAGCAGAAGAAGCCACCCAAAUCGAUCCAGCAAAACCAGCCUCUCCUCAGUCCACCCUGAGGUCAAUAAUGAAACGAAAGGCUGAUGGGGAACCUGGCUCUCCGUACACCAAAAAGAACCUGCAGUUCAUAGAAGUCAAUGGAGGGUACGAGUCGACAUCAUCUGAUGACAGCAGCUCGGAAAGUUCAGAUGAGAGCGAUGCAAGUGAAUACCACGAGGCUACAGAGAAACUACCGGAAUCUGCGGAGCAGCAGUCUCAGGUGAUCUCCUGCAACCCCCAGCCCAUCUGUGAGACAGCAGCUGCCCAAAGACCUCAGUACAGCACUGCCCAGCCACCAGCCAAUCACACUGCACCACAGCAAAGCGCCAGCCAAUCACAAGCUACUGAUGCAGCUACCCAGCAACAUGUCACCCAAUCACCAGCAGCAGAGGCAGACAUACAGCACUCUGUAAACCAAUCAUCAGUGACCACUAUGGCUCAUCCGGAAGGCAUCGUUCAAUUCACAGAGGCGAAAUGUGUUUUCCAAGGGUAUACCUCUCAAAGCACUGACGCGUCUCUUGAACAAGACUCUGUCCAGUUAUCAUACACCAGCACUACGGUGCACCAAUCAAAAUCCACCGAUUCAAACGUCCAGCCAAAUGUCACUCAGCCAGAGGUGUCCGGCCUUUCUGCUCAGCAGACAACCACUCAUUCACAAUCCACCGGUGCCAAACUUCAGCCAGAUGUUAGCCAAUCAAAAACCACUGACCUCACCACCCAACAAGGAGCAACACAGUCACAAUCUACUGAUGCCUCAGCAAAACAGGACAUAGCCAUAUCCUCCGCCACGGAUCCAGCCGCUGAUACAAGCACCACCCCCACUAACAAACAAACAAGCAGACUGGAAUUGAGUGGCAGCCUCAUGGUGGCUCUCCACACCUUGCAGAAGGCACUCAGUGAACCAAAUGCAUUUAGCCAUCAAAAUGCAAGGACAGCCUACACCACGGUUCUGCAGGAGUGGCUCAGAGUGUCCUGUCAUAAGGCUGCUGACACUGCAGUAGUCAAAGCGUACAUGGACACCUUUGCCUCCAUUUCCCCCCAGCUACUUGAGUUUGUCAUCAACAUGGCUGACGGCAAUGGAAACACAGCUCUGCACUACACUGUUUCUCACUCCAACUUUCCUGUAGUUAAGCUACUGCUGGAUACUGGUCUCUGUAAUGCUGACAAGCAGAACAAGGCUGGUUACACAGCUAUUAUGUUGACAGCUCUUGCUGCCUUCAACUCUGACAGUGACCUUCAAACCGUCCUUCAGCUGCUCUGCACUGGCGAGGUCAAUGCCAAAGCCAGCCAGGCGGGGCAGACGGCACUGAUGCUAGCGGUCAGUCAUGGCAGAGGGGACAUGGUGAAAGCUCUGCUGUCCUGUGGAGCUCAGGUGAACCUGCGUGAUGAUGACGGCUCCACAGCGCUCAUGUGUGCAUGUGAGCAUGGACACGUGGACAUUGUGCGCCAGCUGCUGUCUGUGCCAGGCUGUGAUGCUACGCUCACUGAUAAUGAUGGCAGCACAGCUCUCUCCAUAGCACUGGAGGCCAGUCAGAAUGACAUUGCCGUGCUUCUGUAUGCGCACCUCAAUUUUGCAAAGCCGCCUUCCCCUGUGUCACCAAAGUCUCCAAUUCUGGGAUCUUCUCCGCCCUCUUCUGAACGAAAGUAAAUGGAUGUCAUGAAUCUGAUGUCACCUCCUCCAGCAAACGAUCCUUAUCCAUUCCAAUGUCUGUGUGUGAGUUUUUGUGUGUUUGUGUACAUGUGUAUGUAUACCCACAAGUUAGCAUGUAAAACUUUUAGAAAUAUACAAAUUGUGCACUCUUCAAAGAAUUAGCACUUGACACCAUUGGUCCUUGUAU